AGGAUGGAAAUAUUGCUGAUUGGUAGUGCUAAACAUUUCCGUGAAAAAAAAUAAUUAUAUAUUUUGAUACUCUAUAUUUUGUUUGCACAAAUUUUAUAAAAAAAUAACGUUUUAUAAUUCAUAUCAAAAUACAAUAACUACAAUAGGAAUUGAAUUAAAUCCAUAUAUACUAUUUUCACAUUAUACGAAAUAUAUGAAGGACAAAGAAAAAUAAUACUUUGUGAUUACAAAACGUUUAACAACAUUGACUGUGCCAAAAAAAUAUAAAAAAAAAACUUCCAACUAAGCGUCCAAACCAUACAUGAAAUAACAAACUAAAUAGUUAAUUAAUAAAAAAAUAAACAAAUUAUAAUGGGUAAUGCAAACGCAAGUAUGCACAGAGAACGUCACAAGUCAAUCGACUCUACACCGAAUUCACCCUUUCGUGAGUUAAACGCAAGAGACUCCAUCUCAUCAAAUAGCGGUGUACCACAAGGUGUAGUUACAGGGGGUGGUACCGGCAGUCAAGCUUUUGCUUUCGACAACAAAAUCGAUACACCACGUUCAGUGUUACAAGUUGGUUCUUCGCAAGAAGACGAUGAAAAUCAACCGUAUUAUACAAAACCAGUAGGUAACAGUGCAGCUGAUACUUUUAACGAAUUCGCACCUACAACGCGCAAGCGUUCUAAUACUGUCUCAGAAGGUACAACAUCGAUAAGUAAUAUGUCCGCUAUAGAGGCAAAAGAAACCAAAGAUGAUGAAAAAGAAGAAAAUUUAAACGAUGAACAAGCGCUAAAGAAUCCAGCUUUGCCAACAGUUUUACGUUGGGAUGGUGGCGGAAAAAAUGUUAUGAUAUCAGGCACGUUCUCCAAGUGGAAACCAAUACCAAUGGUUCGAAGUCAUGGAAAUUUCGUUACUAUUAUUGAUUUACCGGAAGGUGACCAUCAAUAUAAAUUUUGUGUUGAUGGCGAGUGGAAGCAUGAUCCAAAAUUGAAAAGCGUGGAGAAUGAUGAAGGUGAAAAAGCAAAUUUAGUGUCAGUACGUCAGUCGGACUUUGAAGUCUUUCAGGCUUUAGCUAAAGAUAGUGAAAAUGUGCCUAAUUAUGCAGAAAAAGAAUAUUCACAAGAAGUACCCCAAGCUAAACCAUGGGAGAAGGUGUCCGGGCCACCCGUUUUACCUCCACAUUUACUGCAAGUCAUCUUAAAUAAGGAUACACCGUUAUCUUGUGAACCAACAUUAUUGCCAGAACCUAACCAUGUCAUGUUAAACCAUUUAUAUGCCUUAUCUAUCAAGGAUGGUGUUAUGGUACUCAGUGCUACACAUCGUUAUCGUAAGAAGUAUGUAACUACGCUUUUAUAUAAACCAAUUUGAGGAUAUAAUGGAAUUGUUAUCAAAAUAUAAAUAUUAACGAUAUAUAAAAUAAUAAUAUUAAAAAAGAUUUAUGUU